UAUCAGACAAAUGUAGACCGAAUGUAGACCGUAGAGAAGAUUGAAGCAUAUAUAAUGGACCAACUCACCAUCAAAUUUCACAGAAAAUGGAUAUGGGGCCAUGUCCAAAGGUCCACUCUUUGCAGCUGAGGAGAGAAUAUGAAGAAGCUAAGGCAAAAGGCAUCGAUAAUUAUGAAAGAGAGUUGGAAGAUGCUAUUGACAGGCUCAUUGUUGAGUGUGAUAGGAAAAUUGGUAGAGCUCUAAAGUGUCUUGAAGAUGGGGAUGCAGAGGCUGCUAUUGCUAUAUCAGUCUCUGAAGUUACUCAGACAGCAGAAGUACUAGAGCUUUCAAAGCAGAUUAAGGAGAAAUUGAAAGAAGCUGAUCAAUAUGAUCUUGAAGGCAAGACAGACUGAAAAUACGAGCUCUAGAAGAAGUAUAAGAGCUUAGAACUAAAAGAGCAGAUAAACAGUCAACACUACUUUUGGAUGCAUUCAAUAAAGAUCAGGCAUCUUU